CGAGAGGAAACAUACAUGCACAAACCCCUGCCACUGGAAUGCACCAGUUUAAAUUUCAGAGACUUCCAGUUUGCCCAGGCUAUGCUUUUUGCCAUUGAAGAAAUUAAUAACAGAUCAGACCUGCUGCCAGGAAUCUCUCUGGGUUACAAACUCUAUGACACGUGUGGUUCCAUUGCCAGAAGUGUAAAAGUUGCACUGGCUUUGAUUAAUGGUAACGAAAUUGUUUCUGCACCCUCAGAAGCACCAUGUACUAAACCUGCAGAAGUACAGGCCAUAAUAGGAGAAACCUCUUCUUCUCCUAGCAGGGCAAUUGCAACUGUCAUCGGACCAUUUAAUAUCCCUCUGAUCAGUCACUUUGCCACAUGUGCUUGUCUCAGUGACAAAACUAAGUACCCAUCUUUCCUCAGAACAAUACCCAGUGACUACUACCAGAGCAGAGCCCUGGCACAUUUGGUCAAGCACCUUGGCUGGACCUGGGUUGGAGCUAUCAGAACUAAUGAUGAUUAUGGGAAUAACGGCAUGGCUACAUUCAUACAAACUGCACAGCAGCUUGGCAUCUGUCUGGAGUAUUCUGUAGCUUUCUUUAGAACAGAUCCUGAAGAGAAAAUAAGAGGUAUAAUUGACAUUAUAAAGGUUUCAACCUCCAAGGUGAUUGUUGCAUUUCUCUCCCCCAUGGACUUGAAUUUGCUGUUACAUGAGUUCUCCUACCACAACUUGUCUGGGUACCAGUGGGUAGGUACCGAGGGAUGGAUAUUUGAUUCAGAAAUUGCAGCACUGGAUAAGCACCACAUACUGGAUGGUGCCAUCGGCCUUUCCAUCCCCAAAGCACACGUCACUGGAAUGAAAGAGUUCAUUUUGGAUGUGAAGCCACUAAAUUCAUCGAGUAAUGAAAUGUUUGUUGGGUUCUGGGAGGCAUUAUUUAGCUGCAAGUUCAAACAGUCAGAAUUACCAGGAGAGAAUCAGAGACGAUGUACUGGAGAUGAAGAUCUGACUGGAGUCCUUAACAGCUUCACUGAUAUGUCUCUCAUGCCUAUAUUCAACAAUGUCUAUAAAGGAGUGUAUGCAGUGGCCCAUGCACUUCACAGUAUUCUCAGCUGUAAUCAAACAUGCAAUAACAAGGUGCAACUAGAUCCAUUCACGAUUUUACAGCACAUAAAAAAUAUUCGCUUCAAAACAAAGGAGGAAGAGGAAGUUUAUUUUAAUGAGAAUGGAGAUCCAGCUGCAAAGUAUGAGAUCAUAAACUGGCAGCCGAGAGAAAAUAACAUUGUUGAUUUUGUCACAGUCGGUCUUCAUGAUUUGUCCUUACCUGCACACAAACAGCUGAAUCUGCACACAAAAUCUAUAAUCUGGGCUCGAAACUCAGUGCAGGUGCCUGUGUCAGUUUGCAGUGAGAAGUGUCCCCCAGGAACACACAAGGUUCUCCAGAAAGGAAAACCUGUCUGCUGCUAUGACUGUAUAAGAUGUGCAGAGGGAGAAAUAAGCAACGUUACAGAUUCUAUCACCUGUGAAAGAUGUCUCCCUGAAUUCUGGUCAAAUGAGAGAAGAGAUGCCUGCAUAAAGAAAGAGGCUGUGUUUCUGUCAUAUGAAGAAAUUAUGGGGGCUCUCCUCACUACUGCAUCUUUAUUUGGAACGUGCAUGACUGCUAUUGUGGCAUUCAUUUUUUUCAGAUACAGAAAAUCUCCAUUAGUGAGAGCCAACAACUCAGAGCUGAGCUUCCUGCUGCUCUUCUCCUUGACUCUGUGUUUCCUCUGCUCUCUGACCUUCAUCGGUCGGCCCUCUGAGUGGUCCUGCAUGCUGCGACACACAGCUUUUGGCAUCACCUUUGUCCUCUGCAUCUCUUGUGUAUUAGGGAAAACAAUGGUGGUGUUAAUGGCCUUCAGGGCUACACUUCCAGGUAGUAAUGUGAUGAAAUGGUUUGGGCCUACACAGCAGAGACUCAGUGUUCUGGCUUUCACUCUUAUACAAGUUAUCAUAUGUAUCCUCUGGUUAUCAAUUUCUCCUCCUUUCCCAUACAAGAAUUUUAAGCAGUUCAAGGAUAAAAUCAUCUUAGAGUGUGCUCUGGGCUCAACUGUAGGUUUCUGGGCUGUUCUUGGGUACGUAGGACUUCUGGCCAUAUUUUGUUUUAUUUUUGCUUUUCUGGCUCGGAAACUUCCUGAUAACUUCAACGAGGCCAAAUUCAUCACCUUCAGCAUGCUGAUAUUCUGUGCAGUGUGGAUCACUUUCAUUCCAGCUUACGUCAGCUCUCCUGGGAAGUUCAGUGUUGCCGUGGAGAUAUUCGCCAUCCUGGCCUCCAGUUUCGGGCUUCUGUUUUGUAUUUUCAUCCCAAAAUGUUAUGUCAUCUUACUGAAACCAGAGAAGAACACAAAGAAGCAUAUGAUGGGGAAGGGGGCACCAAUGUAAUUUAGAAAACUGGAAGACAUACGGUGAUAAUUUUAUGUCAUCAUGAUAUCAAAAGUAUGUACAAUUAAAAUAUUGAUCUGUUUUGUACUGUUUUUUGUGACAUACCAUGUGGCAAAGCACAUUUAUACUCUAC